UUUCUUUUAGUAAAAGAUAUUGAGCAACAAAGUUCUAUAUAACCAGAGCUCCCUAAUAUUAUGGUCACAUCUAUCUGCUUACAAACUUGAUCUUCGACCAAAUUUCUAAGCCAAAAAAAAAAAGAAAGAGACAUGGGUAGUUGUAAUAGCGAUGAGAAAGAAGCUAAGAUACAUGUAGUCUGCAUACCUUAUCCAGCACAAGGCCAUAUACGGCCUAUGCUAAAAUUAGCCAAACUUCUCCACUCUAAAGGCUUCCAUAUCACUUUUGUCAACACUGAAUACAAUCACCGUCGUCUCCUCCGUGCAAGGGGGCCUAACUUCCUCGACGCAGUCUCGUCCUUUCGAUUCGAGGCGAUUCCCGAUGGUCUCCCAACAUCCGAUGCCGAUGCUACCCAAGACAUCCCCACCCUAUGCCACGCCGUUAUGAAUUACUUCCUUGAACCCUUCAAGCAGCUCCUUGUUAAACUUAAUGAUCCUUCCUCGGGUUUGCCUCGAGUCACGUUGAUCUUAUCUGAUUGUGUUAUGCCUUUCACACUUGAUGCUGCGCAACAACUUGGAGGUAUUCCGUUGGUGUGGCUAUGGACUGCUAGUGCUUGUGGUUUUCUUGGAUAUUCUCAGUACCGUCCUCUUCUUGACAAGGGGAUUGUGCCCUUUAAAGAUUCCAAAUUCGCAACAGAUGGCUCCUUAGGUAUGGUGGUUGAUUGGGUGCCUAGUAUGAGAGGUAUACAAUUGAAAUAUAUCCCAAGCUUUAUCAGAACCACAGAUAAAGAUGAUAUUAUGUUGAAUUUCCUGAUAGUUGCAACCGAGAGAGCUGCCCAAUCUUCGGCGCCAAUUAUUUUCAACUCUUUCAAUACAUUUGAGCAUGAUGUUCUUGAAGACCUUUCAGAGAUAAUAGUUGGUCCAACUUACACUAUUGGACCGAUGCAAUUGCAACUAAAGAAUGUAUCGGAUGAUGCCGGAGUCAAGUCCUUAGGAUCAAAUCUUUGGAAGGAGGAUUCAGAAUGCUUCAAUUGGCUUGAUUCCAAGAAGCCAAAAUCUGUGGUGUAUGUGAGUUUCGGGAGUAUCACAACUAUGACAAAUGAAAAUCUAAUUGAAUUUGCAUGGGGGCUUGCUAAUAGUAAGCAUCCUUUCUUGUGGAUACUUCGGCCAGAUAUUGUUAGCGGAGAUUCUGCAGUCAUACCACCUGAAUUCUUAGCUGAAACGAAAGAUCGAGGCCUAAUAACGAGUUGGUGUGAUCAAGAAACAGUGUUGGACCACACAUCAAUUGGUGCAUUCUUAACGCAUUGUGGGUGGAACUCGAUACUAGAUACUAUAUGCAGUGGGGUGCCCGUGAUAUGUUGGCCUUUCUUUGCAGAACAACAAACUAAUUGUUGGUUUAUUUCUGAAAAGUGGGGAAUAGGGAUGGAAAUUGAUAACAAUGUUAGGAGGAGUGAGGUUGAGAAGCAAGUGAGAGAGCUUAUGGAGGAAAAAAAGGGGGAAGAAAUGACAAGGAAAGCAAUGGAGUGGAAGAUAUUAGCGGAAGAAGCAGCAGCAACUCCGAGUGGUUCAUCUUGCUCAAAUUUUGAUAAUUUGGUCAACCAAGUAAUUCUUCCUCUUAAAGCUUACAAGAAGUCAUCACAAAAUUAACCAAGCAAUGCACCAAUUUCAUGUUGAUCUUUGUUAAUCGUAUUGAUUAUUAGUUAUGCUUUUGAGUUGAUUGCCAUGGUAUUAUUAUUUCCGCAGAUGUUGUAUACUUGUAUACAAUAAGGUUUAUGUUGUAUAUAACACGGUUUAGGCAAUUUAAAUCACAUAAAGUCAGAUUUAUAUAAUGAGGUGUGGGGGCUUUAUGUGAUCUGAAAUUACUAAAGCAUGUUGCAUACAACAAACCCAUUAUAUAUAGUUUGUGUGUGUUUUCCCGUUGAUUAUCGAGUUGUUGUCUGGAGGCAUACUUGUGAAUGUUAUCAAGAGGUGUUUGGAUUGUAA